AUGGCACGCUCCGACACCGAAGGGUCCAUGACCCCCUCCAAGCAGGAAGACAGCUUUGCCACACCAGCCCGUCACCAGCUCUCCGCCGCUGAUGACCCAUCGAAACGACGAUUUGGUCCCGGCGCCCUCGCCGAGGACCUUGGACAGCACUGGCGUGUCUACCUCCUCGGCAUCUGCGCCUCCAUGGGUGGUCUCUUGUUCGGCUGGGAUACCGGCUUGAUCGGCGGCGUCCUCAGCAUGCCUGCCUUCCAAAAGGACUUUGGACUCGAGGAUGAUGCUCCAAAGCUGGCAGCACUCAAAGGCAACAUCGUUUCGGUGCUGCAGGCCGGCUGUUUCUUUGGCGCGGCCGCUAGUUUCUACCUGCCACACCGCUUCGGUCGAAAGAAGGCCAUGUUCUUCUCCGCCAUCAUCUUCCUCAUCGGCUCCGUCAUCCAGACCGUCUGCCGUCUUCAUGGACAGAGCGCCACCUCGGCCCUUAACCAGCUCUACGUCGGCCGUGUCAUCGGUGGCUUCGGAGUAGGUCUCGCCUCCUCGGUCGUCCCGACCUACCUGUCCGAAUGCGCGCCGCGAUCUAUCCGCGGUCGUCUUGCCGGCAUGUACCAGCUGCUCAUCGUCACCGGUAUCUGCAUCGCCUACUUUGUCAACUACGGUAUGGUUCAAAACUACCCGGACCAGCAGUCUAGCGCCAUGUGGCAGGUUCCUUUUGCGCUUCAGUGUCUGCCUGGCACUCUGUUUGUUGUGUCACUCUUCUUUCAACCCGAGUCUCCUCGGUGGCUUGUCGAGCAGGGCAAGAGCGAAGAGGCGCACAGAUCCCUAGCCCGCAUUCACCGCAAGACCCUCGACGAUCCGUGUGUCACCGGCAUUUUGCAUGAAAUCGAAAAUGACCUCAAAGGAAAGCAAGGCCUCAGCAUCCGCCAGCAAUUCACCAUGACUUUCUCGAACAGAGUCACAACAUAUCGAGUCUUCAUCGGCGCCAUCUUGAUGGCAGGACAGCAGUUCAGUGGUACGAAUUCUUUGAACUACUACUCGCCGCAAAUCUUCAAGUCUCUCGGCGUUACUGGUCAAUCUGCUGGUCUCCUAGCGACAGGCAUCUAUGGCAUCGUCAAAAUCGUGACCACUGGCUUGUUCAUGGUGAUUGCGAUCGAGCAGCUCGGCCGCAAGUGGUGCCUUAUCAUCGGCGGCCUUGCACAAAUCUUCUGCCUCUUCUGGAUCGGUAUCUACCAGGCAGUGCGUCCCGACGGAACACCUGUCGACGGGGUGGGAUACGCAACCCUUGCCAUGGUCUACCUCUAUGUUAUUGGGUACGGUCUCGGCUGGUCGUCGACCACUUGGGCCGUCAGUGCAGAGGUUGCGCCCAAUCAGCUUCGUGCAUUGGCUAUGUCGGCAGCUACCAUGAGCCAGUGGUUCUUCAACUUUGUCAUUGCGCUCAUCACGCCUCGUGCGCUCAACAACAUCAAGUACGGAACAUUCAUCCUCUUUGGUGUCAUCACAUGUUUCUCAGUGCUUUGGGUUGCAUUCUGCCUGCCCGAAUCCAGUGGCAUCACUCUGGAGCUCAUGCACAAGGUUUUCGAAGGCAACAUCAUUUCGAGAUCCAUUCAGGAUCUGUCGCCCAAGAAGAGGAGAGAGUUCCGCGCCAGGAUUAUGGCAGAGGUAGGUGGCACCGCGGACGAUGGUGUCAUCACGGGUGCAGGCGAGGCUCAGCCGACGGCAGCCAAUUUCCCAACGCUCGACAGGGAGCAAUCGCGUCUCAACAAGGCCAGCGAAGACGACAUGAUUCACACUACAGACGCUGUCUCGUCCGAUCAUGACCACGCUAAGAAGUGA